AUGUCAGGCCAAGCAGUUGUGCAGCUAGCCCCCGCCUUUGUCGGGGAGCAAGCGGUGUACGGGCCCGACUAUAGGGGCGGCCUCGCACCCCCGCCCGAAUGGUGGGCCAAGAUAGCCCACCCCAUGGCGCCGUGGCCACCUGGACCCCUCCAAUGCCCCCCACCUCAAUACCCACCGCAAUACCCACCUCAAUACCCACCUCAAUACCCACCUCAAUACCCGCCUCAAUACCCACCUGCACACUUGCUGCAGUUCCAGUGCUACUGGCAACCACCACCGCCACCACAGCAAGUCAUCCAGCAACUUCCAAUGCAGGCCCAGUUCUGCUGGCCACAACCACCGCACCAGUUCUCCCCCCUGAACUGCUAUGCAGUCCCACCUGGUCUCAGUUACCAGCCAAUUCCGGUGUGGCAACCUCCACCUUUAACCCACUUCCAAAUCCCAUCCUACCAUGCAGCACCAGCCCCAACACCUUCGCCUGCAGCCUUUGUCAAUCCCCCUCCGCCUCCGGCAGCAGCCCCACAGCUGCCUGGAACCAUCGACGCCCGAGAGACCUUGGUGCCAAGCGGACCUCCAAGGCCGUCCUGGGCUGAUAUUUCGGAGGAGGUUCCCCGUAGCCCAUGCCAGCCAGAGCCAGAGGAGGCAGCCGCUUCCUCGGCCCCGAGUCUCCCAAGUCUCUUGGUGAACCGUUCAGCCCAGCAACAAAAGAAGUCCAGCAAGUCCCGAAAAUGUGGCUCGAGGCCAGGGGAACUGCAGCUUUCAAAUACUUCCCAUCAAGAGAUAUGCGACUUGGAUGUCGGUGGCCAGGUGAUCGCAGAGAUGAUGCGCAAAGAGGAUGCGCAAAGAUGA